ACAUGAUCAAUCAUAUUAACUAAAUUCUGCAUUUUGAAUUCUUAGUAUCAAAAUUUUAUAAAUAUGAUCAUAAAUAAAGACCUUGUUGACAAUAUAUUAAGAUCUGACGGUAGAAAUAAUUUCGACCAUAGAAAAAUUUAUGCAAAAACUGAUAUCAUUAAUGCUGCCAAAGGUUCCGCCUACUUGGAACAGGGUAAAACUAAAAUAAUAUGUUCGGUUUUUGGUCCAAGAGAAGCUAGCAGUUCAUUUACUUCAAGUAACAUUACAAUAAAGAAGAAGGGUCAAUCAAUUAUCAAAACCAAUAAAGGAAAUCUAUUGUGUAAAGUUAACCUAGCUCCCUUUUCUAGCAAAGAUUGGAAUCAUCAAAAUUUAUCAAAAGAAGAAUUAAUUGAAAAGUUAGAAUCCUCCAAUAAAUAUUAUUCACAUUGUUUAAUGGAAGCUCUAGAACCUACAAUCAAUCUUUUACAAUAUCCCAAAUCCCAAAUAGAAAUAUGUGCUCUUAUACUUGAAGAUAAUGGCUCAUUAUUAUCAGCACUUAUAAAUUGUGCCAGUUUAGCUAUUAUUACCUCGGGAAUAGAAGUAUUUGAUGUAUUAUCUGCUUGUACUCUUAUCACAUAUGAAGCAGAACUAAAAAAACAUAAAAUUUUUAUAUUAGAUCCUACAAAAGAUGAAGAAAUAUAUUUUAAAAAAACUGAUAAAAUUAUUUCGAAUUCAAUAACAAUUGGAUAUCUUCCAGCAUUAAAUCAAAUAACUUGUUUAUUUCAAGAAGGUGAAACACAAGUAAAUCGAUACAUAGAGAAUUUCUUAUUAGCAAUCAAAGCUUGUGAAAAAAUUUAUGAUCACCUUAGAGAAAUAUUAAAAUCAUGGGCUUUAUUAAAACCACAAAUUUCUUAUUAAAAUAUAACUUGUUAGAUAUUUCUGAUUUAAUUACACAUUAG